AUACAAGCAGCUCAAUGGUGAUAUUAUUGCAGAGAAGCAACAUUUGGCCAUGCCAGAUGAGUUGGCUGCAAAAUGCAAUUUUGAAUGUAUUGCCGGCGCAGCUCAGGCUACCAUAGAGGCUGCAAAGCGAGUGCUUCCAAUUCCUGGUUCGGUUAGCUUAAUGGGUUAUGUUAGGAAAGACAGAUCCGGGAAGGAAGCGGAAAAAAGCAGUAAUGCAACAGGCGUAAAUGAUGAGCCCUCCAAUCUGAUUUCUUGGAAAUCUUCAUUUUGUUUCAAACCAAUAUGCUACUCAUUCAGGCAUAUUGGUUAUGAAGAUGAAACUGCAGUAAUAGGCACCUGCAAAGUCGAUAUUUUUGAUAAUGAGGGGUCCUUCGUUACAAACUUGCUAGCAGGAAACAGGCGCAAAACAAAUCAGCCAAGAAAACCAAAAAUCUGGAAAAAUGGACUCACUGAUGCCUUCCUGGGAUCAAGCCAACAGAGAGCCCUGCAGCAGCUCCCCUCAAAAACUGACCUGCAUGAAGAAGACAAUGAAUCAAUGAAGAGGUUUCUGAGCGGAAGAGGAAGCAGCUUCCAUGGAAGCCAUGCUGUUUCAGAAUCACUUAAAGGAGGAGCUCAUGACUUAAACCCCCAUUCCUCAUCUCCUAAUGAGCUUUUGUUGACGAAGCCGUUUUCCCAUCAAAUCAUCGCAGUUGGAGUUACCACUGCCGUUCUAUUGUUCCCAUUUGCAGCCAAGUUCAGCAAAGCUCUUUGCGCAUGAUUGAUACUGGUUGUGUUUUUGUGUGGCUUUUUUUUUAUUUUUUUAUUUUUUGAAGAUUACAUUUUAUUUGGAUAUGAU